UAGCUUCAGGAUCCUCAGGAAACCCUGGUACAGGCAGCAGCCAGCCUCCGCUGUGCCCACAUGACCCACAACUCUGGCAGCGGACCCGGCACUUCCAACAUUACUAAAUAAUCAGAGAGCGGCUCCCACUCUGGGCCCACACCUCCCUGCAGACGAUGGACACCUUCUAAGAGUUUGGCGAAUAGGUGACCCAGGCGCCUGUCCAUUGCAAGGUAAAUAGGAAUUACAAGCCCAGGGAAGCCCUUGAGGAGUCUCCAAAUGCCACAAUCAACUGCUAUUUCAAAGAAAACAAAAUAGAUGGUUCUGGAAAGUCAAUGCUGUUUCUUCAUUGAAUUUUAGAAUGAUUGAAGAUAGUGGAAAAAGAGGAAAUACCAUGGCAGAAAGAAGACAGCUGUUUGCAGAGAUGAGGGCUCAAGAUCUGGAUCGCAUCCGACUCUCCACCUACAGAACAGCAUGCAAGCUGAGAUUUGUGCAGAAGAAAUGCAAUUUGCACCUGGUGGACAUUUGGAACGUCAUUGAGGCACUACGGGAGAAUGCAUUGAAUAACCUGGAUCCAAACACAGAGCUCAACGUGGCCCGCCUGGAGGCCGUGCUCUCCACCAUUUUUUACCAGCUCAACAAACGGAUGCCAACGACUCACCAGAUCCACGUGGAGCAGUCCAUCAGUCUCCUGCUGAACUUCCUGCUUGCUGCCUUUGACCCGGAAGGUCAUGGUAAAAUCUCAGUAUUUGCUGUCAAAAUGGCUUUGGCUACCUUGUGUGGCGGGAAGAUCAUGGACAAGCUGCGAUAUAUUUUCUCAAUGAUCUCUGACUCCAGCGGAGUGAUGGUUUAUGGGAGAUAUGACCAGUUCCUUCGGGAAGUUCUCAAACUACCCACAGCAGUUUUUGAAGGUCCUUCAUUUGGUUACACAGAACAGUCAGCCAGAUCCUGUUUCUCCCAACAGAAAAAGGUCACAUUAAAUGGCUUUCUGGACACGCUCAUGUCAGACCCUCCCCCACAGUGUCUGGUGUGGCUGCCUCUUCUGCAUCGACUGGCGAAUGUGGAAAAUGUCUUCCAUCCUGUCGAGUGUUCCUACUGCCACAGUGAGAGCAUGAUGGGCUUUCGCUACCGAUGCCAACAGUGUCACAACUACCAGCUUUGCCAGGACUGCUUCUGGAGGGGCCAUGCGGGAGGUUCCCAUAGCAACCAGCACCAAAUGAAAGAGUAUACAUCAUGGAAAUCGCCUGCUAAGAAGCUAACGAAUGCACUAAGCAAGUCCCUGAGCUGUGCUUCAAGCCGUGAGCCUUUGCACCCCAUGUUCCCAGAUCAGCCCGAAAAGCCACUCAACUUGGCUCAUAUCGUGCCUCCGAGACCUGUAACCAGCAUGAACGACACACUCUUCUCACACUCUGUCCCCUCCUCAGGAAGUCCCUUCAUCACCAGGAGCUCUCCUCCCAAGGACAGUGAAGUAGAACAGAGCAAAAUGCUGGCUAGGGCUGCUCCAGCCUUUCUGAAGGGCAAAGGGAUACGGUACAGCCUGAAUGUGGCAGACAGGCUAGCUGACGAACACGUUCUCAUUGGGUUGUAUGUCAACAUGCUCCGGAACAACCCGCCAUGUAUGCUUGAGAGUUCAAACCGGCUUGAUGAAGAACACAGGCUGAUCGCCAGGUACGCCGCACGGCUGGCAGCAGAAUCCUCCUCACCUCAGCCAACGCAGCAGCGGACUGCCCCUGACAUCUCCUUCACCAUUGAUGCAAAUAAACAGCAAAGGCAGCUGAUUGCAGAGCUCGAAAACAAGAACAGAGAAAUCCUACAAGAGAUCCAGAGACUUCGGGUGGAACAUGAGCAAGCUUCACAGCCCACACCAGAGAAGGCUCAACAGAACCCCACCUUGCUGGCAGAACUCCGGCUCCUCAGACAGCGCAAGGACGAGCUAGAACAGAGGAUGUCUGCUCUCCAGGAAAGCCGGAGAGAGCUGAUGGUGCAGUUGGAAGGUCUCAUGAAGCUGCUGAAGACCCAGGGGGCAGGGUCGCCUCGCUCUUCCCCCAGCCACACCAUCAGCAGGCCGAUCCCCAUGCCCAUCAGGUCAGCAUCUGCCUGCUCCACACCAACGCACGCCCCACAGGACUCCCUCACUGGGGUAGGGGGAGAUGUACAGGAGGCGUUUGCACAAAGUUCAAGAAGGAAUUUAAGAAAUGACUUACUAGUGGCUGCAGAUUCCAUCACCAACACCAUGUCCUCCCUGGUGAAAGAGCUCAAUUCAGAGGUGGCGAGUGAAACCGAAAGCACUGUGGAUUCUGAAUUUGCAAGAACCCAAUUUGAGGAUCUGGUUCCAUCACCCACCUCUGAGAAGGCUUUUCUAGCCCAAAUCCACGCCCGAAAACCUGGGUACCUUCACGGUGGAGCUUCAAGUACCAUGCACGGUGACACAGUCCCGGAAGACGGGGAUUCUUAUGUGCAGCAGCCUGAGGAUGAGAACUACGAGAAUGAGUCUGUGAGGCAGCUGGAGAGCGAGCUGCAGAUGGAGGAGUUCCUGAAGCACAAGCUACAGGACGAGGCUUACCAGGUCAGCUUGCAAGGUUGAAUGCAAUAUCCUUUUCUCACUCUCCUCUCAAGCAAGCUAUAGUCAGACAGAUGAAAGUAACAUGGUACCCGGUGAUGGAGAGAGCUGCACCUACAAAGAGGAGGAAGACAGCAGCCUGGAAGCAGCCUCACCCUCGCCUGGAGAGAGGAGCCACCUCACCCAACAGCUCCAACAAUCCCCUCCCCUAAAGAUGUGUUCUGAUGCCUAUAGGGCAGCUAGCUUUCUGUUCUAAAAUUUGUAGUUCAUAGGUGUGUGUCUUAGAAGGGGGGUGGGGGCACGAGACUUCUGUUCCUAGAUAACUUAUCAACUCCAUCUUCUAUAACAUGGCUCAUCCCUGGUCCAAGGCAAAUAUCCACAGGCCAAGAGCCUGCUGCUGUUACACAGGACAGUAGUACUAACGAGCGUUUUAAACCUUUGCACACAAUAGUGAACCCGUUCAGUUUACAAUGACAAUAUUAAUACUGUUUGUAGCUAGAAUUUUUCUUUCUGGAUUCUUUGAGAUUUUAGCAAAGACAGUUUUAUUAUAUACUAUACAUUCCCCCCCCCCAUAGCAAUUUGGGAGGGGGGACAACAACCUUCAAUAGGAUUUGGUUUCUGAGUGUCCAAACUCAGAAUCUAGGAGCCAAGAAGGGUCCUUGGCCUGCCCACAUCCCCAAGUCCCUCUGAGAAACGUCUUAAACAUACCAACAGGAAUAAUGAGUUCUUGGGGGGCCUUAUUUCCAACUUGGGUUGUUUUCCUUCCAAAUACUCUAAAGAGUCAGCCAUAGAAUUUAGUGUAAAUACUGUUUUCCAAAUAGAUAUCAUAUACAAAAAGAAAGAGAGACAACAUUCAAAUGAUAUAUAAUCUAGUUUUUAAAAUCAGCACAGAUCUUCUUUUAAAAAAAAAAACUGUGAACUAUGUUUUGGAAUACUCGUUACUAAAGCUGUUUAUAAACCACAGGUGCCAUAAGAUCCCCCUACAGACUACAGUUACCUGACCUCCUCCAGGUCUCGCUCUCCACAGUGUAUCCUUAGAAGCAUGUCUUAUGUCUUAUACAGCUCUGCUCAUUGACAAGUUCCCUCGUCGGGUAGUUCUGAGGCCUUCAGCUUUCCAUGUCUGGGCUUAAAGUGCGCUUGCUCUGCUUUCCUUUCUGAAUGUUGAUUGCCUUACCUGGCCACCUGUUGUUCUGCAUGCAGCGCUGUGUGGUCACGUGAAAGGAGAUGGUGGGCUCUUCCGUGUGCUGUUGGAGUUUCACACUCAGGCGGAAGCUGGUGUGUGAGAGAACUGUCACAGGCAAAAGAUGAUGAAAGCCUGCGGAUGGUCCUUGGUCCUUCGAGAGUCCCCUCAUUAGAGAGACCUCAAGAUGACUGCCCUUAGAGAUUCUGGGGAAAAUGAAAAAGUUAACCGGUUGUUUCAAGAUCUGAUGUGUAAGGAAACGAAAAGGCCAGGCACCUGCUGGGUGUCUUAAACUUCAAGCCUCUCUGGAAUUCCUGGGGUUAUUUUAUCUCCUAAAAGAAAGAAGGGAACAUCACUGCAGAACCGUGAUUCUCAGAAUGUGUCCCUCAGACCAGCAAUCUUAGUGUCACCCAAAAGUCUUAGCAAUGGCAGAUUCCUGGGUCCCAACCCAGACUCACUGAAUCUGAAACUCUGGGGUUUAGACCUAGUGAUCCCUGUUUUAAUCAGCCCUCCUAACCGUUCUGAUGCAUACUAUGAGGUGGAAAUCAUUGUUCUAGAAUAAAGUUGUAUACAACAGAGAGUGAAGAAGACCUUCUCCAGGCUAGGGCGUAACUCAGUUGGCAGAGUGCUUGCCUAGCUUACACAAAACCCUGGGUUCAGACUUCCAGAGCUGUAUAAACUUGGCAUGGUGCCACAUGCCUAUGAUCCCAGCACUCAGGAGAUGGAGGCAGGAAGAUCGGGAGUUCAGGGCUAUCCUCACUACAUACGUGAAUUUGAGGCCAGCCUGGGAUACAUGCGACCCUGUCUUGAAGGAGG